ACAGUACUGUGGUAUCAUAGAAGAAGGAGAGCAGCGACGACGACAACAACAACAACAGCUAUUGGCACCUGUGCGGUUAUUGCCUAAUGUGCGCUAUCAAAUUAACAUUAAACAUUAUUAAAUCAAUUUGAUUUAUUUUUUUAGCAUCAGGGCAACACGUUGGAUCUUUUAAAUAUCUUAAUGGAUGAUCAGAUCUAGACCAUAAAACUCCCGAAGAUAUCCAAAAAGCAGCAGUGAACUCUUCUCUGAGAUCAUGGCCCAACAGAGAGGAGUCAACAGCCUUCAGUUCAACCAAGACCAGAGUUGUUUCUGUUGUGCCAUGGAAACAGGUGUUCGUAUUUACAAUGUGGAACCUUUAAUGGAAAAGGGCCAUUUAGAUCACGAGCAGGUGGGCAGCAUUGCUCUGUGUUCAAUGCUUCAUCGAUCAAACCUCUUGGCUGUUGUGGGAGGCGGCGUCAACCCCAAGUUCUCUGAAAUCUCAGUAUUAAUUUGGGAUGAUGCUCGGGAAGUGCGAGACCCUAAGGACAAAUUAGUCCUUGAGUUCACGUUCACCAAACCAGUGCUGGCUGUGCGCAUGAGGCAUGACAAAAUCAUCAUUGUCCUGAAAAACAGGAUCUAUGUGUAUAGUUUUCCUGACAACCCAGUCAAGAUGUUUGAGUUUGACACUCGAGAUAACCCGAAAGGUUUGUGUGACCUGUGCCCUAGCUUGGAAAAGCAGCUGUUGGUUUUCCCUGGGCACAAAUGUGGCAGCCUGCAGUCAGUGGACCUUACCAACACCAAACCUGGCACAUCAUCUGCUCCUUUCACCAUCAACGCCCACCAGAGUGAAAUCGCCUGUCUGGCACUGAACCAGUCUGGCAGUGUGGUUGCGUCUGCGUCCAGAAAGGGCACGCUGAUCCGUCUGUUUGACACUACAACACGAGACAAGCUAGUGGAACUACGAAGAGGAACAGACCCUGCUACGCUCUACUGUAUUAAUUUCAGUCAUGACUCAUCCUUUCUGUGUGCAUCGAGUGACAAGGGAACUGUGCACAUAUUUGCUCUGAAAGACACCAAACUGAACCGCCGUUCUGCUUUGGCGCGAGUAGGAAAGGUGGGUCCGGUCAUCGGACAGUAUGUGGACAGUCAGUGGUCUCUGGCUAAUUUCACGGUGCCGGCUGAGUGCGCUUGCAUCUGUGCCUUUGGGAAGAACACCUCCAAAAAUGUCAACUCUGUUAUUGCCAUAUGUGUUGAUGGUACAUUCCACAAGUACGUCUUCACCCCUGAUGGAAACUGCAACCGCGAGGCUUUCGACGUUUAUCUGGACAUUUGCGAUGACGAUGAUUUCUAAAGCUGGAGAUAUGUAAAACAGUAGCCUCUUUAACAGAGAACUGUGCUGGUUGUUCCGAUGCUUAUUUCUGUGAGAUUAUGUUACUGCCUUGUAUAAUCAAAUGUAUAUAAAAUCGGCCUGUGAGUAAAAGUCUUGUUAACUUUUAUCUUAUCACUCCACGUGCAGGAGUUUCAAAGUCUGUGAUCGUUCACUUGUUCUUCAGAGAUACUCAGCCUUUGAACACUUUUGAAGGUUUUCUCAUAAUUUGUUUGUCCUGUUGGUGUCCUGUUACUCUUAAGGAAUAAGGUUCCUUAACCUUAAAGGAACUUUAUUUAUGAAUCAAUAAAGCCUUUUGGGUCUAAAUAUA